CGAACGCUGAUUAAUUGAUUGAUUGAUUGAUUAAUCAUUCGAUUUGUUCGUCUUGUGCAAUAUUGAAUGUUAUAUGAAUAUAUCACUGAAUGGGUAUCUUUAAAAAGUGUCCGUGUUUCUGUACGGGACGACGUCGACGACGUUCACAAUCGAGCUUGUUUAUCGGCAGUGGUGGUGGUGGUGGUGGCCAUCAUAAUACUAAUGCCGCUGGCGAUAAUAACAAUGAUUAUAUUGGCGAUGAUAAUGAUCCUUCCAUAAUCAAAGAGCUUGAUUAUAGCCAUUGUUGUUUGGAAGAUGUACCGGCCACUAUUUUUACAUAUGAACGUACAUUAGAACAUUUAAAUCUAGAAUCAAAUCAAAUUCGUGACCUACCAAGAGCAUUAUUCCAUUGUGAAGAAUUACGUCAACUAAAUUUAAGUGAUAAUGAAUUACAAUCAAUUCCAACUGCCAUUUCAUCAUUGCAUAAAUUAGAGGAAUUGAAUUGUUCCAAAAAUCAUAUAUUACAAUUACCCGACAGUAUUAGACAAUGUAAAUUGUUAAUGGUUGUUGAAGCAUCAAUCAAUCCACUUGGUCCACGAUUACCCGAUUCAUUAACACAAUUAAUCAAUUUACGUGAAUUAUUUUUAAAUGAUACAUUUCUGGAAUUUUUACCCGCAAAUUUUGGAAAAUUAACUAGGCUACAAAUAGUCGAACUUCGUGAGAAUCAUCUAAAAACAUUACCCAAAUCAAUCAAUCGUUUAGUUGAAUUGCGACGAUUAGAUAUUGGUCAAAAUGAUUUUAUUGAAUUUCCCGAUGUGAUUGGUAGCCUUUACAAUCUUAAUGAACUUUGGUGUGAUUUCAACAAACUUGUUACAAUACCCGAUGUUAUCGGCAAUUUAAUUCAAUUAACUUAUCUGGAUGCUAGUUUCAAUAAAAUCGAAGACAUUUCUCCUGAAAUCGGUAAAUGUAUUAAUUUAACCGAUCUAACAUUAUCAUCGAAUAAUCUACAAGAAUUGCCCGAUUCAUUUGGUAAUCUUCAAAAACUUCUUGUUUUGAGGCUUGAUGAGAAUGAGCUCAAAACUAUUCCAUCGUCUUUGGGAAGUCUUAGCCAAAUUGAAGAAAUUACAAUCAAUGAAAAUAUGAUCACCGAAUUACCAUCAUCAAUUGGACAUUUACGAAAUUUACAAACAUUUAUAGCUGAUUGUAAUAAGAUUGAACGUCUUCCGGAUUCUAUUUGUAGCUGUAAUCGUCUUCGUAUAUUAUCAUUGGCCGAAAAUAAUCUUAAAUAUUUACCUGAAGAUUUGGGUCGUCUGUCAUCAUUACAAGUGUUAAAUUUAUGCAACAAUUAUCUAACUUAUUUGCCAUUUUCAUUAACACAAAUUACUAAUCUUAAAUCAAUUUGGUUAUCAGAAAAUCAAACAAAACCAUUAAUGCCAUUACAUUCUGAAACAUUGGAUAUUAAAUCAUCCACCAUUGGAUCGCCACCUCCAUUAAAAAUACUCACAUGUUUUCUAUUACCACAGACCAAAUCUGAAGAGCACACGACCACUGCCUUGGAACAUCAUUCCACAAAUAAUUCACAACGAAGAAAACUUUCAUUUUUAACGGUCAACAUUGAUAAACCAUUGAUAACGGCUGAGAAAAAAGAAUCCAUACAAUCUAUAAAUAAUAAUAAUCUAGAAUCAUUUGAAUCAAAUGAAUCGUCGGCCAUUGUACCAUUAACUACAAGUUCAACUUCCAAUACAAAUAAAGCAUUCCAACGACAACCAACACCAUAUCCAAAAGAUCUCAAAGUUCAAGCAAGACAUGCAAGAAAUUUUGUCAUGAAACAUUUAGAUCUAAAUAAUAUCUAUAUCGAAGAGAUCAAAACUGAUGAUAAUGUGUGAUCAUUUUUAUUUCACAUUACAAUCGUUAUUAUUAAUUCAGUAUUAUCAUUAUUAUCAUUAUUA